AUGCGUGUCCUUACAUUCAAGUUGUUUCUGGUGGCGCGACUCUCGCAAGUCUUCGCGCAGUACACAGAAACCAAUGACCCCCUGGUCGUGACUCCGGCGAUUGAUACGUUUAUCAACUCCAUCCUCACUGAUUGGGGUGUUUCGGGUGGAUUAUCCGUCGCGGUCGUCAAGAAGACGGGCGAGUCGAGCUGGAACGUCGAAACCAAGGGCUACGGUAAUGCGAAAAGUGACAAGUCCGCCGUCACUUCGAGCACGCUAUUCAACAUUGCGUCCAAUUCCAAGUUGUUUACCGCGCUUUCAACUGGCAUGUUGAUCGCGGAUCCCGCAACCGACCCUCCUAUAUCAUGGAAGACUAAAGUCGCGUCCAUUGUUCCAGAAUGGAGCCUCUCGGACCCAGUGGCGUCCAAAGGCGCGAACCUCGUUGACCUUAUCAGUCAUCGCGUCGGCAUGCCACGACAUGACUAUGCAUAUCAUGCUACAGACAAGCUUUCCGAUCAUAUCAAGAAAUAUCGCCAUCUCAAACCUUCAGCAGAACUCAGAGAAGCUUUUCAAUAUAAUAACAAUAUGUACGCCUUGCUAUCGUACCUCCCGACUGUUCUCCUCCCUUCGUCCCCGAGCCUUGCGCGCUACGUGAAAGCGAAGAUAUUCGAUCCCCUGGACAUGUCCGCAACGACCUACUCCUACCAGAUAGCGGCUCAGUCAGGCAACUUGGCCGAAGGAUUUGCAAGGCAAGGCAUGAAAUCUGCCUUUGAUGCUGGCACACCACAAGCUCUGCCUUAUUGGGAUCCGCACUCUACUGAAGACGGCGAUUUGAUUGCAGGAGCUGGUGGUAUUAUUAGCAAUGCCGUGGACAUGGCCAAGUGGCUUCAAACUCUCCUCCUCAACGGGAAAAAUCCCAAGACAGGCAGUGUGGUGAUCCCUGCUGAAGCAAUACAAACUGUAUCCACAGGGCACACUGUUGACACCACUGUACCAUACGGGCAAGUUCCUCGUCUGACCCCAGCAGUCUACGGAGGCGGUCAAACGAUUCGAAAUUAUAAGGGCCACGGGUUCAAUUCAAUGGUCGCCCGCCUGCCCUUCGACGGUUUGGGCAUCGCUGUCCUUACUAACGAUGAUGCCAUUGGGGGCUACAUUUCAUUCGCAAUAGUCUCCCGGCUGGUAGACGAAGCGUUAGGCAUUCAACCAGAAGACUGGAAGACAAACUUUGAGAACUUCAUCUCGGCUGGCUAUUCCGCUGCCCCUCAGCCACUGCCGCGUCCGGCCAAUGCCACCGAUCCAAAGGGUGGCUUCAAGGAUUUAGCCGGUAGAUAUGAAGACAAGGGCUACGGUCGUUUGGAACUAUGCCUCUUCCCACCGCCACCUGUCGUAUCUUCGGCCUGCCGAGAUGUCGCUGCGAAUAUCACCAUGGUUCUCCCAGGAUCCGUCGACCCCUCCGUACCGACCUUCAUUGCAAGGUGGAACAAACAGUACAGCACGUACCUCCGUUUCACGCACGUUGAUGGCAACACUUUCAACGUCGCGUCUUUGAAUCCCUUCCCCACCGGCAAUGCCAGCGAGCCUUGGUGGUUCAUGACUAACAAUGUGGGCACAACGGCCGAAUUUGGGCGUGAUAAAGGUCGACGGGGCUUUGGUCUCUUCGGAGGGUUCUGGGGCGCGGGUGCCGGUGUACCAAGCCCAUCUACGGGCAAUGUAGUGAAACGAUCAGAGGUUUGGUUCAAUAAAGCAUAA